AUGGCGGACCUGAGCAACGUCCCCUCUAGACGUUACAAGAUCUUCAACAACACGAAAGAGGCGAUCAAGAUACCCGCUUCGCAUGUCCUGAAGCACCCGACUUUUGAGGAGCAAUUCACCAGAACCAGCCGUUCAAGGUCCCGACGCCUUGAAUCCGGACGUUGCUCAUGCAUCAUCGACAUCGUCACAGUAUUCCUGCGCGAUGGCAGGUUCUACAACCUGCAUACCGGCCAGUGUCGUUGCAUUUGUAAGUCGACCAACUUCUUGACCCGCGCCGUCGCUAUUUACGACUUUGCGGUCGAGUUCGAACUCUAUGCACUCGUGGAGCUGGCUGCGGACGACAUACCCAAGUUUGCCAAGCGCAUGCAACCUGCAGACGUCCUCUGUCUCAAGCUGAUGUAUGGGGAACUCGUGACGCCAGAGGCUGAUGGGACAUCUGGCGACCCUCAGCUCUCGAAUCAUGAGAGUCUCCUUCAGGACCUGGCUCAAUUGGUCAUGUCUUUGGCCGAUUAG